AUGUCUACCCACCCCCGCGCGCGAAGACGCACCGAACGCGCCGCACUGGAUGCGGCCCUUCUCGACGCGGCCGCCCAUGCGGACGCAGCAGGUGUGCGCGCCGCCCUCGAGCGCGACGCAGACGUGAACGUAACCGACGACGCGACCGGCCACACUGCCGUCACAUGCGCGAUCGCCGGAGACAGCGCUUGGGAGGAGGUCGACGUGUCCGACGCGUCUUUUGCGCUCCCCCGCCGGCUGGACGUCCUCCGGACGCUGCUCCGGAGCGAGACGAUGAGCCUGUACGCGCUCAACGCGCCCGCGCGCGGCGUGACGCCCCUCGGGCUUGCGGCGUGGUUGAACGUCCCGGAUAUGGUGCGCGUGCUACUCGAGGAAAGCCGGGGUUUGGUUGCUGUUGAUGGUACCGACUCUCUCGGGGUGACGCCAUUGAUGUAUGCUGCUCGUGACGGGGUUGUCGAGGUUGCAUCGUUGCUGCUAUCACAUGGUGCGCGCCCGGAUAUCCGGGAUACACAUCAUCGAACCGCAGUAUAUUACGCACUUCGUCACCCAAAGUUGCUUUGGCUGUGCGAAGCCUCAAUGCGUAAGCAGAGGCUCCGUGAAUACUUCAAUGGCAACAAGCGUCAGCUACACAACUUACCUCAUCCUCACUCUGCAUAUGCCCAAUCCUUCGUCUCAUCACCCGUCGACUCGUCUCACUGGCCUGUACCGUCAGAAUCUGUUCUGCCGAAGUCCACCACUGCUCUCGCCAAUGCCGUCAUCGCUGGUGAUCUCUCCGCUGUACAUCAAAUCCUCUUCCCGCCUUCACAUCGUCCAUCUGUACAAGUCAAUCGUCUGGAUCAGCAAGGAUGGGCACCCAUCCACUAUUGUGUAUGCUCUAUGAAUCCCUCCGUGGAGAUUCUCGACGCCCUCUUUCUCGCUGGCGCGGACACCAGCUUGUACACUACCUCGAAACAUGGAACGCCCCUACAUGACCUCGCACGCCAGGCCCCAGAACCCUCCAGCCCCUUUAACGCCGCAAGACUACACGUUUUCAUCCACCACCUCGUUCGUGAGCUACGCGCCCCGUUAGCCGCGACCGACGAGAACGACGAGACGUGCCUCCACGUCGCUGCGGAGCACGGGCAGAGUAUGGACGUGCUUCUAGCGCUCUUGGCGUGCGACUCUCACAACACUGUCCGACAGAUGAAGAACGCGCGAGGUCUGACGCCCCUCGAUGUCGCACGGCCUGAGCUUCGGAUGGCCUUUGGCCCCGAGGCGGAGCCGGCGCGGAGCAAUUCGGUCGCGUCUUUCCGCACCAUUCGUCCGUCAACUACUUCGUCAACCUCAACAUCGUCGUUCCUCAGCCUCAUGGCUGUACCCCAGUCAACCUCCCACCGCCCGCCAUCCCGAAUGGACAUGUCUCCGCUGGGGGACGUCGACCCCCACAUGCUCGCUCGUCGCAUUCUGGAGAACCUUACAAUGGUCACUCAAGAGUCCGCCGCAGCGACAUCUCUUGAAGCUGCGGGCCUGCGCGAUAUGCUCGAGGAGUCGUCGCAUUUGGGCCAGCUCUGGGUGCAGAGUAUGCAGGCGCGCAUCCAAGACGCUGCGUGUGACCUACGCGACGCGCGCUCGCGGUUCAAGGAGGUCGAUAGCUUGUUGCAGUCUACGACCAGCGACCUUGAACACGCAUUCGGCACGUUGUUCUCGGACCAUCGCGAUAGCACCGACCGCGCCCGGAGACGGACCGUUGACUCAGAUUCCACAGCCGUCUCAAGCAGCGGCUCGUCACUUGGCCGGAAAACGCGGUCCAUGUCCGAUCUGCGCUCCUCUUCCGAGAGCGUCAAGAAGGUCCCUGGUGAGCUCCCGUCGCUCACGAUCUCCGAGGAAGACGAAUUCCCUUCGGGCCCCGCAAGCGCCAUCGAGCUCCCCAUGGACAAGCCCUCGUCCUUCUUCAACGCUCUGCUCUCGCCUGUUCCCCGGGAGCUGCUCCACAAGCCGAGCGAACAGUCCUUCGACUCCGCGCGGACCGCGUCCCCGGGACAGUACAAGAAGGACGGUGCAGCAAGCGGGACGGCGAAGCUCAAGGCGUGGUUCCGGAAGAAGCUCCGUUUCGAGCUCCCCGAUCUGCUUAAUGAGACCAAGAUAGUCGCCCCCGGCGAGCAGUCUCCUCGGGCUUCGCCGUUUUCUCCAGCACGGGAGAAGCAGGCCGUGGCAGCCGCGGCUUCGAGUGCGGAUGCGGACUUAGCGGUUGCGCGUCAAGUCGUACAGAUCGUGUGUAGUGAUUUAUCACGGAUCGAGGGUGGUAUGAAUGAUGCGGAUCAACUCCUGGCGCUUGCGUCCAACCUGCUCUCGCAAACAGACCGCCGGCUGAAGGCUAUCAUCGUCAACCGCCGGAACAUUCUUGAAAACUCAAGGUUAUGCGAACUCGAUGACUCCGAAGACCCGAUGCUUGCCGCCCUUUCCACCCCUACACGCCCCGUCAACCAUGACUGUGUUCCCUUCCCUAUGACUCGUUCCCGCGCCGACAGUGGCUCCGACGGCUCGCUUCUGAGCCCUUCUUCAAGCCCACCCAUCUCGGCCGGCUCGUCGAUGAUCUCCCUCGCGGACACGCUCAUUGACUCCGACGACGAUGACCUGCGGACAAUCCGCCGGCUGCUUACACGCCGCGUCGAGGCCCGCACGGACGGCGCGUUUGACGAGGUCGAGAAGGCGAUGUCGUGGUUGCGCAUCGUGCAGGACACGCUCCGGACCCUCCGAAGGACGCAAGCCGCCUCGCUCCCCCUCGUGCUCGCCCAGUAG